GAUACUAUUAACUUAACUAUUGAAAACGUAUGCUCGGCUCAUAUCUCAGUCUCCAAGUUUCGAACUGUCACUGGCCCAAAACGAUAGAUUGGACGCUCGUGUCAUCCUUGCCGUCUGAUCUGAUCUAAACAUAAUCGUUCUCAACUGAUUAGACAAAGGCUUCUGUAUUCUGAACAUGUUGGGAUAUCGAUAACGACGACUGGAAAGGAUUUCAAUACCUGAUUCAUCAUGAACCAUGAGAUACACCGAGCCCGGGAUCGCCUUCAGACGCUGACUCCCAUCAUUGAAGAGAAGUCCUUCUUCAGUCUCGAAAGUCUAAGAACGCCCUCGCCGGGAAAUGGUGCCAGCUCUCCAGACAAGGCAAAGGGAAAGAACGUCCGUCUCCCACCCAUAGAAGAUACUGAAAACGAUGAUCCGCCCCGUCUCCCCCGUCCGUCUCGAAUGCCUUCAGAACUUGAUUCCCUCAUCAGCGGGUACUUGAGUCAAACAGUAAAUCCAAAACCAACAGCGUUCAUCGGUUACGACCCGACCUUAUAUUGCAAAUGUUGUGAACCUAUCAACAAUGUCAGCCAAAUACGCUUGAAGGAAUUUAGUAGUGGGUUUCUUUCUCCUGCUGAAGAACCAGACGCGUUUGGACAUUACAAGGCGAAGGAUAAACCAAAAAUUGGUUCGACUUCGGCAGGAGAGCAGCGGCGGGAUGCAAAUGCUGGUGGUAAUCGGGCAAGUUUUGGGCCAAGUGAUGCGAAAACACUAAUGGAAAGACAAAGGACUUAUUACAACGACAACAAUGCACACGCGCAUCAACCAUUUCAUGUCGCCAUCCCUGAUCACCAACCACAAGCACAAUAUUUAAACUCUGAUAUACAGCGCUAUGUGCAUAACCCUCGGAUAUACGUCGAUACUUCAAAGGCUCACGUGCCCUCUUCCUUCAGGAUGGAACGCAAAUUUCCUCAGCCCGAGACGCCCCCUUUUGACCAAAGACGCUCCGAUUUGCAGUCUAUGAACACUGUCAUGGACGCAGCGUCAAAGUAUGACAACAGUAUGCAGGCUUUAGAGGGCACCAUUAAAAAUCUCCGGAGUGGUCGGAAGGUGAUAAUAGACGAAAUGGAGAAUACUUAUCGACACUUCGAUAAGUUUUCAGGGAGCAUCAUAUAAUUCAAAAGUUAAAUCGUCUCCAUUCUAACCGAAACGGAGUGGUCUGACAUUAUAGAUUAUCGGCCUAGUUAAUGCAUCCAAUGUCAAACAUUUCGUAUCAGUUUUGUAACAAGCUUUUGUGAGAGGCAUGAGGUCGACUCUGUUGAAUCCAAAAGAGAAGUCGUCGAGGAGAUGUCUUUUACAAAACAGUGUCAAAAGCAUUAGAAGUGCCAAGACAGUAUGCAUAAACUUUUGAAUGUCUUUCUAUAAAAGAGUUCCUGUCCUUGAUAUAUGCAUCCAUGAAAUCUUUGCGCUGGCUUUUGAGGUUUGCCUGUCGCAUUCUUCUCCUCUCUUAACCCACUUGACGGGGCCGGCAAGAAAAAAAAACCGCAUGGCACAAAUUGUAUAGUUGUCAUCAACUUUUCAAAUAGAGAGACAGAGAGGUCUCAAAGGGCCCUCACUGACUUGGUUCAGGCCCUAAGUUGUUUUGAAAAGCUUUUCGAAAUAAAUGUAACAGAAAUACGAUUGACUGGACGGCUAAUAA